UGUAGAAGUGUGACUGCUUGCUCAGUUUGGAAGCUUACUCUGCUGACCAGAAGCGACGUGUGUGUCAGUGUCUGAAGGACAACAUUGAAAAGCAGCUCCAGCUCCAGAGGAGUGUGCCGUUCGCCCCUCCUGCUGACCAGAUGCUUGAGCCCAAAGUGGACACCCCUCCAUGUGAGCUGGGAGUAGGCCUACCCCUGCCACGGGGCUCCGAAGAGGACCUCCUUUACCCCUACCCUUCUAGCCCCUCAGUGCCCCUGACUCUGGGCAGCCCACAACCCUCUGAGCCCCUCACGACCUUGGAGGAGGUCUAUACCCCGCUGGGUGACGAAGAGGAGCACAAGGUGCCCCCCACCCCGCCCCCCUCCACCGAGGGAGAAGACUGCAAGAGCAUGGAGGGCACCGAGCCCGAGAUCUGGAGGGAUAGAGAGGAGGAGGAGGAGGAGGAGGAGAGGAAGGGUGAGGAGGAAGGAGAGAUAGAGGAGGGUGGGGAAAGAGAGAUGGAGGAGCGAGGAGAGGCGAUUCCCUCAGCGACGGAUGACGAGGCCCCGUCAGACCCCCCCGACACCAACGCCCCCCCCUCCUCCUCUUCCUCCUCCUUCAUCAUUCCCGAACUCCGCCUAGACCGCUCCUUCAGCGCCGAUGCUCUCUCCUCGCCCAACACCGACGAAGAGUACGACGAGGAUGAUGAAGACGAUGAAGAAGAAGAUGAUGAUGAUGAUGAUGAAGAAGAUGACAGCGAUGAUGCCUACCCAGAGCGCCGCGACAGUAAGCGCCGUAGUAUGGUGGAGGGCUCUGCCUGCGAGAAGCAUGGCGGCCGGCUGAGCGUCCAGAACUCACUGUGGCGCCGCACGCAUAGCGAGGGCAGUCUGCUGCAGGACCCACGCUCUACCUGCUUCACCUCAGACAACACCAUCAACUGCCUGGACGCGAGCCACGGGCACAAGGGAGGCUGGUCGCUGCCCUCGCCCAAGACCCUGAAGAAGGAGCUGACCAAGAACGGAGGCUCCAUGCACCAGCUCUGCAUGCUUUUCUCUGGCAGGAAGCUCAGUGCCGGAUCCCCAUGCAGCUGUGAAGUUGGCCCCGAAGGGUCCAAGAAGAAGAAAUCCAAGAACCUGGCCAAAGACAUGAAGAACCGGCUUGCUUUCCUGAGGAGGAGGAAUGAGUCUCCCGGAAGCAACCCACCCGGCAAAUUCGACAAAUCGUUGAAGUCGUCAGUAAAGCCCACCCCGGAGGAGGCACUCAAAUGGGGGGAAUCUCUGGACAAGCUGCUGGCCCACAAAUAUGGCCUGGCAGCGUUCAGAGCUUUCCUGCGCACAGAAUUCAGCGAGGAGAAUCUGGAAUUCUGGUUGGCGUGCGAGGAUUACAAGAAGAUUAAGUCGCAAUCCAAGAUGGCGUCCAAAGCCAAGAAAGUCUUUGCUGAAUACAUUGCCAUCCAGUCUUGUAAAGAGGUGAACUUGGACUCGUACACCCGAGAGCACACCAAGGACAACCUUCAGAAUGUGACGCGCUCCUGCUUCGACCUGGCCCAGCGCAGGAUAUACGGCCUGAUGGAGAAGGACUCGUACCCUCGUUUCCUCCGCUCAGAGCUCUACAUGGACUUAGUCAACCAGAAGAAGGCCAGCACCACGUCCACCUCCUCAUCGUCGUAAACACGCAGAGAUCAAGCUAGAAAGUGAGAGACGACGACGAAAGAGAGAAGGCAGAGACUUGAAAGCAGGGGGAGGUAGAUUUUUUUCAUGUUCGCCUUUUUGUUUUGUUUCUGCCUUCAUCCUGUCCCAUCAUGAGUUGGGUGUGAGAAAAUGACGGCGAGCUAGGCCGUGGCACUGAAGGGGGUGUUGUGUACACAACGACCAUGACAACAGGCUGAUGGAGGGCGGAUGGAGAGCCCAGUCAGGACAGCUGGUCACCGUCAUGUGAGGGCUUGUCCAAGGGUUUCUCGGAUCACUCUCAUUGAUCACUGUCUGUCGUUCAUAAUGACAUAUGUUAGUUUGUCCGUAUUUAAGUUAUCUUCCGGAUGUACUGGAGAAAGGGUUGAAACCUCUGCAGACAUGAAGACAGUCCAGUACUGUGUUGAUGCAAAUCUUUUAUUUAGUAAUUUUUUUGACAUUCUCUAUCCUCCUCCUCCUUUGGAGCCAGUUCAAAUGCUGUUGGUACGAUACAGAGGUUUGUUUUGUCCUAGUUUUUCCAUGUCUCACAAAGCUUUCAUGACCAUUUUCAAAUGGGCUUGCGAGAAAAAGGAGAAAUUGGGUUGCUGGAUCAAUGUCUGAAUGAAAAGACGUUUUUUGAGCUUUUUUCUGUUAUGUUCUCCAAUUCACGGCGUACACACCUCUUUCAAGCACAGUCGGCAUCUGUUCUGUUCAGCACCCUCUCACAGGGUCCCACCUCGUCGCAUUCAUCUAAAGAAUACGGCAAAAGACACAGAGACAGAGAGAGAGAGAGACAGAUGGAGAAAAUCAAAAAUAUCAACAAUGGAACGGACCAAAACUGCAAAAGCAGAAAUGUGCCACUCACUCGAAAACAUAUUGGGGGGAAAAAAAGACUUGCUGCCUGUCUCCAAAGACUGUCGAAAAAAAUCUGCAAUUCAUUGUAGCUCCACCUGGACUGAACAAGGCAGCAUUCUCAGGACAUUAAGGCACUUGACUAUGAAGCUUCCAAGCUUGAAUUUGUUUUUCAUUUUCGUUUUUACACAUAAAAUGUUUUCUUUUUUUAAUCGUUUUAGGUUCAAACCUGCACUCCAUAGGUAUACUGAGCAAUACUGUUGGGGGGAUGCUCUUUUCAUAGACAUAAAAAAGAAAAAAACUGCUUCACCUGUACAAAGGUUUGCCUAUUUAUUUAGAUACCUUGCUGGAUGCUUCACCCAUUGCACUCAGCUAAAAGCGCUCUCUCCCCCUAACCAUGAAACAGGUCCACCGCUGUCCUGACUUUAAGUGCAAUAUGUUAUUGUUUAUUUUCCUUUUUUUGGGGGAUAAGUUUCAAUUUUGAUUGGAAAGACAAUGGCUUGAGCUCUGUAUUAUACACUUUAUUUGUAAGAUUCAUGUUGCAAAAUUCAGCUAUAAGGUUGAUUUACAGUUUAAGUCAAUAAACAAGAAAAGAUACAUGAAUUAAGCAAGUAAUUCUAACUGUGUACCCUGGCAGCAGGCAGCUAGGGGUUAAGGAUGUACAUAUAAUUCUUUAAGAAAACAAAGAAAAAACAAGAAAACAAUAGGUUUCGCAUCGAGCUGGAACCUGGCUGUAUCUAUGUAAAUAUGAGAGACUCAAAGCUAUAAGAUGACAUGUAUUGUUAUAAAAAUGAGGAAGGUCCACCCUUUCCUGGUCAUACAAUGCUUGUCAGGAGUUUAUGAAGUUUAUGAAAUGUAUUUGAUCAUUUUCACUGUUUACAAUUCAAACCCAACUCCUAAGAUAGCAAGCAAAAAAUAAAAUAGAAAUACAUUUGGUGUCAUUGCUGAAGAUAAAUAAAACAACCAACUGGUGAAAUAAUAAAUCAUGUCUCUGAAAUGUCA